GCGUUUUCGCACAGUUUGAAGCAACAAGUUGCCCUGGCAGGCAGGCAGACAGGCAGACAGGCAGACAGGCUACUCCAUCGUGUUUCCAGCGGCAGGUGGUCACCGCGCGUCCAGCACUACUGCAGUUUGUGAAUGGGAUUAAGACUGCAGAGCUCUCAGGGCUGAAAUGGACGGAGUAGAAUAAGUUCCUUAAGUAGCUCAGAUCUCUUUUUCUUUUCUCUACGAAGCAGACAGUGAAGAUAAAGCGGUAAAUUGGUGGAUAAGUGUUGUUGACGGGGUGCGCGUCUCUGCGUGAUGCUCUGUGCGUAGAGCCCUUUUCAUACUUGUUACUUUUUUUAUUCCUUUUAUUAUUAUUAUUUUUUUUAAUGUUGUUGCGUUGUAAACAAUGGCACUCGCAAGAUUCAGCAAGAUUCUGCGUCUUCCCACUAUUGAAAUAAAAAAGAAAGUCAAGCAGUACGAGCACGUCCACCGGGACAUCAACCCUAACGACAUAUGGGAAAUUAUUGGGGACCUGGGCGACGGCGCGUUUGGAAAGGUCUACAAGGCCAAAAACAAAGAGACAGGAGCUCUGGCUGCAGCCAAACAGAUCGAGACAAAAUGUGAGGACGAGCUGGAGGACUACAUGGUUGAGAUUGACAUCCUGGCUAAAUGUGACCACCGUUACAUUGUCAAGCUGCUUGAUGCCUUUUACCAUGACAACAAACUGUGGAUCAUGAUCGAGUUCUGCCCCGGAGGUGCUGUGGAUGCCACAAUGCUAGAGUUGGAUCGUGGUCUGACGGAGCCGCAGAUUAAGGUGGUUUGUCGCCAGAUGCUGGAAGCUCUGGUCUACCUCCACAGCAUGAAGAUCAUCCACAGAGACCUGAAGGCUGGUAACAUCCUCCUCAUGCUGGAUGGGGACAUCAAACUGGCGGAUUUCGGCGUAUCUGCAAAAAACAACAAAACCUUACAAAGAAGAGAUUCUUUCAUUGGGACACCCUACUGGAUGGCCCCAGAGGUCGUCAUGUGUGAGACCAUGAAGGAUGCGCCGUAUGACUACAAGGCUGAUAUCUGGUCUCUUGGAAUCACUCUGAUCGAGCUCGCCCAGAUUGAACCCCCACACCACGAGCUCAACCCCAUGAGGGUGCUGUUGAAGAUCGCCAAGUCGGAGCCUCCCACCCUGGAGCAGCCGCACAAAUGGUCGAAGGAUUUUAAAGAUUUCCUGAAGAAAGCUUUGGAUAAAAACACGGAGACUCGUCCGACUGCGGCACAACUUAUGGAGCACCCUUUUGUGAGAUCGGUGACGUCUAACCGCCCACUGCGGGAGCUGGUGGCCGAGGCCAAGGCUGAGGUCAUGGAGGAAAUAGAGGACAAUAGAGAGGAAGGAGAGGAGGACGACGCCAUGGAGCUCACUGUGUCUCCAGGCAAGGAGCCGUGUCAGACCAGUCAGACCAGUUUGGAAGGAGACCAGUCUCUGGACACCCCAAGCCCCACCACACCUUCCCCAACCACACCAACACCUUUACCCAGGAAGGGGCCCGAGCCAGAAACAGAGGAGCAGCCAGGCUCCAUCGUGGUUGUCCCUGUCCCCCUACCACGGCAGAAUCUCCCUCCAAAAGAUCCAGAGGAGUUGGGCGUCAAACUGGCCAAUGAAGAAGUCACUCAUGAGUCAGAGAAGUCUGAAAGCGAGGGCUCAACCAAGACUUCUAGCUCGGAUUCAGGCAUUGAAGAUGGGAAGAGUACCCCCACAUCUGAGGAGGAGAAGGUUCCUGUGGAGACCCCGGAAACCGAACAGCCACCGUCUCUCCCCCAGCCAGAGGCAUCUGAGGAACCUGUUGACAUCAUCAUAGGCUCAACAGACCCAGAGGUGCCCAAGAUCAAGGUGACAGAAGAGGAGAGCAACGUUGUGGCUAACGGAGGCUUAACAACACCCAGCUCAAGUCCCACUACCACUCCUACACCCACUCCUGCUCACUCUUCUGCUCCUACCCCGGUACCGACAUCCCGUUCUGGGCCGAACGGCAACCUAACCAAAGGCACCCCAGAGCGGACAUCGUCAGGAGCAGACGCUGAGACUGUCUCGCCUUAUAUCAAUGGAGGGAUUUUCAACAAACGGUACUCUUACUCAGGCAGCAUGGCAUCAGAGAGCAUGGACAUGUCGAUCCACAAGGAGAACAUCUCAAUGUCCGCAAGGGCCUUCUCGAGUAAGACUCUGAAGCGAACCAGGAAGUUUGUUAUUGAUGGCGUAGAGGUGAGUGUGACCACCUCCAAGAUCAUCAGGGAUGACGAGAAGAAAGAUGAGGAGAUGAGAUUCCUGAGACGUCAGGAGCUGCGUGAGCUCCGUUUGAUGCAGAAGGAGGAGCACCGCGCUCAGGCUGUUCUAAACAGCAAACUGGAAACGCAGAAAGAACAAAUGCAGAGACGUUUUGAUCAGGAGAUGAAUGCUAAGAAGAAGCACUAUGAUGUGGAGCUGGAGAACCUAGAGAAGCACCAGAAGCAGACUAUUGAGAAGAUGGAGGCGGACCACAAUGUUAAACUCAAGGAUGAGACCAAACGCAUCAAAUCCGAGCAGGAACGCGACUACCACAAGUUUCAGGAUCAGUUAAAACAAAAGAAAAAGGAGACAAAACAGUCUCUUGAUAAGCUGCCCAGAAGUCAGCGUAAAGAAUCCUUGAAGCAGAAGAUGAAUUCCUUCCAGGAAAUGAAGAUAAGCGAGGAAAGUAAAUUCCUCACAGCUCAGAAGAACUACCUGGACACCACGCUGAUGAGAAUCAUCUCCAACAACAAGAGAGAGAUUGCAGAGACUGAGAGGGAAUGCCUUAACAAGAAACACCACCUAAUCAGAGAGCGCGAGGCUACGAUAUGGGACAUGGAGGAGAAGAACCUUUACGAGAGACACCAGUUAUUGAAGCAGCAGCUGAAAGACCAGUAUUUCCUCCAGAGGCACCAGCUUCUCAAAAAACAUGAGAAGGAGCAGGAACAGAUGCAGUGCUACAACCAGCGAAUGAUUGAGAUUUUGAAAGCCCGGCAGCAGCAGGAAAAGAACCGGCUGCCUAAGAUCCAGCGUGGUGAGGCCAAGACCCGCAUGGCCAUGUUCAAGAAGAGCCUCCGCAUCAACUCAACAGGAAGCUCAUCUGAAGACAGAGAGAAGAUCAAACAGUUUUCUCAGCAGGAGGAUAAACGACAGAAGGCAGAGAGGCUGCAUCAGCAGCAGAAACAUGAGAACCAGAUGAGAGAGAUGAUUGGUCAGUGUGAAAGCAAUAUCAGAGAUCUGCAGCAGCUACAGAAUGAAAAAUGUCACCUGUUGGUUGAGAAUGAGACUCAGAGGCUCAAGCAGUUGGAUGAACAACACAACCAGCUGAUGAAGGAAUGGAGGGAUCAGCUGAAACCCAGGAAGAAGACCCUCGAAGACGAGCUUAAUAUGAAGAAAAGGGAGCAGGAGGCUUUCUUCAGGAUGAGCGAGAGUUCUGACUGCCCAAACCCAAGUUCUCCCAACAAACUCUCUAAGUUUGUGCCUUACCAAGACUCUUCCACCACAUAAGAACAGCUGCUGUGACGUUUCACUAUAUCUCUUGGCCACUGUUAGAACCGACACAUGACCAUAUACACACUUACCCAUACGCCCGCAGGCUUUACAAUUGCCUGCUGUUUUAGUUGGCUUUGCCUGUAAUGGCAGCACGCCUAUCCCUCCAUCAGGUUUCUUUAUUGUUUUAGUGAAUAUUUAUGUUUUAACUCAUGUUCUAAGUUUUUUUUUUUUUUUUGUUUUUUUUUUGUGUUGUAGCAUUUAUUGGAUUUAUAACUUAUCAUGUGCUAUCACAUGACUCAAUUACAUAGUCACUGCUCCCAUACAGUGUUUUUAGUUUCCUUUUUCUGUUCAAGUCUGCUUCUUAUUCUUCCAGUGAAACAUUAGGGUGAUAUGGUACAGUGGCCAUGAGUUUGGGGGAGCUGAAGAUACCAAACUGUCUGUCUAAUUUAGUUAAUAUUGAGGAAAAAACACUGUUUUGGAUGGGAAGAUGUAGUUUGCGGUCUCUCAGCACCCAGCGAGAGAAUUUAUUUUUGCAUGAGGUGGAACAAUGUUUUGUUUCUAUGAAAGCUGGUGAGCCAGUAACUGAGCACUUUUUGUUUAGCCCAAAUUAUCAGUGCCGUCUUCCAAAUAGCAUGACCAAAAACACAAUUUAAUAAUUUACUUUUUUUAAAUUUACCCCAUUUCUGUAUAGCUUUGCUCAUAAGUCAGAUGCAUGUCACAUAGCAGCUAAAGUCUGCCUUUAUUUAUUUUUACUGAUAAAGAACAACCGUAUCAAGAUUCAUCACUGUAAAUGUUAAUUUAAAUAUUUUCUCUUUUUUUUUUAACCAACACCCAUGGUAUGAAGGAUGCGCUUAUCAUUUUAUAUCAUGUUUGAAAUGGGGGAUUAGGCUAAAUCCAGAUCAGAAUUUAAUAGUUUCUUUUAGUAAUUAUUUAGGAAUGAGAUUUUAACAGACAAGGGAAGACUAAUUGUUAUUCACAAAGUAUUGUUAUUGUGACAUUUGUGCUUUUCUGUUGUAUUUUUACUGUAAAAUCAGUCACACUGGAUGGGAACUGACAAAGCCAAAGCAAAAUACUGUUGUUGUUGUUUAGUAGAUGUUAGAUAGGAGACUUAAAUUUGAAUUUAAAAAAUGUAUUAAAUGUAUAAUUGUCAUACCAUGUGCAGUAAAUGCACUGCCUGCUAACCAAAGUGCAAUAUUAUGUGUAUAUCUUUGCUAAGCUUAAAGAGGUUUAUUUUUUCUUAAACUUUGCCUUCCUUUGCACUGAGAGGGGGAAUAAUAUGAAGAGUUUAACUCCACCAAUAGAUGUAUCAACCUUUUGAAAGAAACAGCAUUGCUAGAAAAUGAUUUAACCUUCAUAAUUUUUAGUACUUGGGAAGCAAUAAUUUAGGGUUUAAUUUUUCAAAUAAGGAUCUGAUUUUGGAACAUAACUCUUCAUAUAAUUUUUUAAGAGAGUGCAACAUAUAAGUCUGCUGUAAGAUGCCUUUUUUAGAUGUUUAAUCCUAAACUGAAACUUUAAGCUUGCAGCAGAGGAACUUGUUGCCUUAUUGAGUGAGACAUUUUUUUUUUUUUUAUAGCAGUUUGGCCUACAGAUUUACGUUGAGCCAGGUCAGCAAUCAGGUACAGCUUAAGAUCUCUUUCCAUCUCGCACUCUCUCAAAAGUAUUUAUAUUUGUUGUAAAAAUUAUCUUUCCUGUCAUGUUUAAUGGCUCCAGCUAUGCCUUCCUCUCUGCCUCAGUUUACAUGAUAUAGUUUAUAUGGAGGGGUUGUGAGUGUGAAUGUAACUGUAUCAGAAGGAACCACUGUUGUAAAUAAAUCUUAAUAAAGGCAGAUUUUCUAAUUACUGGA